GUCACGGUAGAAGCACCUGAGUUGGCUUUAUCUUCUCGAGGAAGAUGAACGUUUGAUAUUAUUGGAACAGCGACAGCACUGGGUCUUGGUUUCUUUGUAUAGGACAUCAUAUUCCUCUGCACAUUGGCAGUCGCUGGAGACCUUGCACUGAUGGGGAAAUCAGAACCACAUCGUCGGCGUAACAGAGGUUGUUUAUAGUUGUUUCUGUGACAGUGCAUCCGAUUGGGAGUGAGUUCAGUUUGACAUUCAGAGCAUCUGUGUACGUACUGAACAGCUAUGGUGUAAUUUUACAAGGGAAAUUAUGAGCAAAGCUAAGAAGUUCUUUGUUUUCUUAUUCGUAUGUAUAGUGUGUGGACUGACUCUUCAUCUUUUGCCUCGCAUAAAUCAUAACAUUUUGACUCAGCCCUCGAGUCAUUUUGCUGGACCUCUACUUAAUGCUUCUUUCCCAGACACUGUCCCGGGCCCAUCAGCUCUAUUUCGAGAUGAAACAUUCGCGCCAGUGAUGGAGCUCUUUCGAAAGAAAGCUAUGGGAAAGCUCGUCCCGCAGUUAACAAGAUUCAGGUCGGGCUCUGUGCCCCGGGCAUUGCUGUGGUCACGUCCCUUCAUGGGGAAAGGGUAUUGGGACGCCGCCUUCUCCCAAGUCAGGAAAGAGGAAUGCCCUCUGCCCUGUGAAAUCGUCUACGACGUCAAAGAGAAGAAUACCACGGACGCCAUCCUCAUCUUCCUGAGAGGCGCGAAGGAUUCCCAGACAGUCACGGCGGGCCUGUCUCCCCGCGACCCCCGGCAACCUUGGGUCAUGUUGAACUUCGAAUCGCCGGCUCUUGCGAACAGCGUGCACGGAACCCGAUACGAGAAAUACGACGGCCUCUUCAACCGCACGAUGUUUUACCGCCGGGACUCAGAUGUCGUGUUCAGCCAUGGCUUCGUUAUCUCCAAGGAGGACGCGCACUUCCUCCCCAGGUCGUGGGUCAUCCCUCCGCUGACGGAAGCGGCGAAUUACGCGAGAAAGUUGGCUGUGGCGUUCAUAUCCAACUGCAGAGCUGCGUCGAGGCGUCUGCAGUACGUCAGGAGAGUUCAGAAGUACGCCCAGGUCGACGUCUACGGACGAUGCGGGAAUCUGUCGUGCAGUGGAUCCAUGUACGUCGAGCACAUGUACAACACGACGACGGACCCGUGUCUGAAGGUCGCCGGCGAAGGUUACCUCUUCUACUUCGCCUUCGAGAACAACUUCUGCAGCGAAUACGUCACGGAGAAGGUCUACAAUCUGAUGCACUAUCCCAUCGUUCCCGUGGUUCUAGGUUCGGCGAAUUACUCGUCGGUCCUACCUCCGAAUUCGUACAUCAACGCCAACGAAUAUUCGCCGAAGGAGCUGGCGGAGAGAUUGCUUUACUUGAAGGAUAAUCCUCAGGAAUACGAGCAAUACUUCGAGUGGAAGAAGUAUUAUCAGCCUUCAACGGUCGGUGGAGUGAGAAUCAUGUGCGACUUGUGUUCUCGAUUACACGACCCGGAAUUUUACGAGCACAAAGUAUACGAAGACUUCCACGAUUGGUUCGUCGGGAAGUCUCGCUGUAUGGCUGGGAUGGAGCUACGCCGAUGACACCUGGUGGGUCGCCUGGAGUGCCUGGGUUGAUCACCUUUGUUAACUGAGUCCUCUAUAUAUCUUUGAUUAAUAUAUCGACGUCCCGUAAGUUGUUUCAUAACCUAAAGCUUGAGCUACAACCUAUAAUUGUGUUGGCUUUCUCUAUGGACAAGUCGGUUACAUACUCGUCUACCGAUCUGAGGGUGCAGGUUCGAUUCCCCGCUCUGCCAACACAGGACCAAAGGAAUUUAUUUCUGGCGAUAGGAAUUCAUCUCUGGAUGUGGUUCGCAUCCCUUAAUAAGAUUUAGGUUCCGUUGCUAAGUAACCAAUUGGUUCCUAGCCACGUAAAAUUAUCUAAUCCUUCGGGCUCAACGGUCUGGUGAAACUAAAAUAUACUUGACUUCCAAUGAAGCGACCGUAACUGCAUGAU